UCUAGGAAACGGUCAUGACCUACAAACAGCGUCUAGUCACGUCAGUUAUUGUGUGCUGACAAGAUGAUAGUGUUGGUGUUGUUCAGCUUAGGACUUUCAACAGCGGCCUCCCUGGACUGCUACAAUUGUAAUCAUUAUGAUGUUAACAACGUUCAGCAUUCUUGUCAGGUUUUGAAAUGUAACAAAGGAGAGUUUUGCAAAAUGGAAACAGAUCACAGCACCAAAGUACAUGGACAUUGUGAAGAUAUUCAUCAACUGGCACACUGCCAUGCGACACCUUCGUGUAUUCCGUUUCAUGAGAACAAGUGCACUUUCUGCUGUGAUACAGAUGAAGAGGUGCACAAGACACUCCAGCAACCAACGGAAUCUCUGGCGUGUUACAAUUGCCACCAUUAUGAUGUUAACAGCAUUGGCCAUUCUUGUGAAGUUUUGCACUGUGGUGUUGGAGAAUUUUGCAAGAUGGAAACAGACCACAACAGCAAAGUGACAGGAACGUGUGCAAAGAUCAAUGAAAUGAGUCACUGUCAAGAACACGUGACCUCUUCAUGCAUUCCGUUUUACCAUGAUAAAUGCACAUUCUGCUGUUCGACUGGAGAAUGUAUAAGCAAUUCUCUCCAGGUGCCAGCCAUCCAUCACGCUAAACCAACACCACUAACAUCUACCACAACGUUGCCUACAGUGAUCAAAGCAACUUCUGUGACCAACGUUCGGCCAUCGGAAUAUUUGGAGUGUUACAAUUGCCACUACUUUGACGUCAACAAUAUAUACCAUUCUUGUGAAAUUUUGCACUGUGGUUUUGGAGAGUUUUGCAAGAUGGAAACAGACCACAACAACAAAGUGACAGGAACGUGUUCAAAGGUCAAUGAAAUGAGACACUGUCAAGAACACGUGACCUCUUCAUGUAUUCCGUUUGUCCAUGACAAAUGUACAUUCUGUUGUGCGACUGGAGAAUGUGUAAGCCAGUCUCUCCAGCUGCCAGCCACCCAUCACGCUAUACCUACACCACCAACAACAACAUCUACCACAACGUUGCCUACGGUGGUCCAAGCAGCUUCGAAGACCACUGUUCGGCCAUUGGAAUAUUUGAACUGUUACAAUUGCCACCACUUUGACGUCAACAACAUUUACUAUUCUUGUGAAAUUUUGCACUGUGGUUUUGGAGAGUUUUGCAAGAUGGAAACAGACCACAACAACAAAGUGACAGGAACGUGUGCAAAGGUCAAUGAAAUGAGACACUGUCAGGAACACGUGACCUCUUCAUGUAUUCCGUUUGUCCAUGACAAAUGUACAUUCUGUUGUGCGACUGGAGAAUGUGUAAGCCAGUCUCUCCAGCUGCCAGCCAUCCAUCACCCUAAACCAACAUCUACCAUAACGUUGCCUACAGUGGUCCAAGCAACUUCGAAAAUCACUGUUCGGCCAUCGGAAUAUUUGAAGUGUUACAAUUGCCACAACAUAUACUAUUCUUGUGAAAUUUUGCACUGUGGUUUUGGAGAGUUUUGCAUGAUGGAAACAGAUCAUGACGCCAAAGUGACUGGAAAGUGUUCCAGCGUCAAUGAAAUGAACCACUGUCAGGAACACGUGACCUCUUCAUGUAUUCCGUUUUACCAUCAUAAAUGCACAUUCUGCUGUUCAACUGGAAAUUGUGUAAGCCAGGCUCUGCAGCUGCUAGACACGUCUCAUAAUCCCACACCAACCGCAUAUCACCAAUCUACUACAUCUACGCCAGCAACAACGUCGACAGGUGGAAUGAUAUCACGGUCGACUCAUCUACCAGACACGUCUCAUAAUCCCACACCAACCGCAUCUACUACAUCUACACCAGCAACAACGUCGACAGGUGGAAUGACAUCACGGUCGACUCAUCUACCGGUUACCACCAAGCCAGUUGACCCCUGUCAAGACCACGACCCUAUCUGCAGCACCAUGAUGGGCAUCUGCAGCAGCUCGGUCGGACGUUAUAUGUGCGGGAAGACAUGUAAUUCUUGCUCAACAGGUACUAUCAAGCCAGUUGACCCCUGUCAAGACCACGACCCUAUCUGCAGCACCAUGAUGGACAUCUGCAGCAACCCGGUCGGACGUUAUAUGUGCGGGAAGACGUGUAAUUCUUGCUCAACAGGUACUACCAAGCCAGUUGACCCCUGUCAAGACCACGACCCUGUCUGUACCACCAUCGUUGGAAUCUGCAACAACCCAAUCGGACCUCAUAUGUGCGGGAAGACAUGCAACUCCUGUUCAACAGUCGCUAAAACUGCCUCUACAUAUCGCACCACAGCUGCCGCUACAACUGGCAUACCAUCUGCACCUACCACCACAUCUGCUACUACAACUGCUACUACACCGGCUGCCAAGUCGGGCUCAUCAUCGUCAACGAUCAGUGUAUCAACCCUCUCUGUCAGCACACCACCUGCAGCCACCAACGGCAACACUUCCGCCCAUGUAACUACGGCCUCAGCAAGGACGUCCACCACAGGGAAACCAUCACAUCGAACAUGUUACCAGUGCGGUGAUAUAAACAAGGGUACAUUCUGCACUAUUGGGCAGAUUAUCAUGCCAUCCUCCUCUCCGUGUCCAGCAGACAAGGCGUUCUGUAUGACCGACCUGUUUCAUCAUAUCGAUGGCUCCACAAAGUACAUCAGAAGGUGUGUCGCCCAGGUGAUGUGUCUCAGACAGUGGUACCAACAAACAUCGGACAAGAGCGAGUGUGUAGAUGUUGACCCCACUACAAUUUCCACAGACAUCACCUGCAGGUACUGCUGCACCACCGACGACUGCAACAGCGGCAACAUGCCUGUCAGAAACACCCUGUACAAACCAAAACAUUGAGGUUUAUGUUCCAGAGAAGAUAUCUACAGCCACUACAAAUAUUCAUCGAUAACCCUUUAUUAGUAUCUUAAAGCAUGGUCACGUUUCUGAAAUGUUUGAUAUUGCAUCCGGGCAGUGACAGACAAUAAAUGCCGCAGCGCCACCAGAAUGGCGACUGGAUUUUGUUUGGGUCGAAA